AUGGACCGCGCAAAUGGAGCCGGACUAAGCCCGGCCGCCUCGCGGGCGGAGCGCUUCGAGGAUGAGAAGCGCCGCAUCAUCGAGAGCUGCUUCAGCAAGAAAGAGGACGACGGCUCGCUGCUCGAGACCUACAUCACCCACAUUCGAAUCACCGAAUAUGCCUCUCACCCCUCGUCGCCGCCCCCGCCACAUGCCCGAUCCUCCGACUCCGAAAAGCCCCGAGUCAUCAUUGUCGCCGUUCGCCGGUCUGGUCGAGUGCGCAUGCACAAGUCCAAGGAGAACGCUAGCGGCACCUUUUCCAUCGGCAAGUCGUGGAACCUCGACGACCUCUCCCACAUCGAGUCGUUCACCGGCUCCCAGGUCAACCCCAACUACCGCGAGUGGGCAGGCGAUACCGGCUUUCUCGUCACCCUGGGAAAGCCCUACUUCUGGCACGCUCAGACGGACAAGGAGAAGAAGUUCUUUGUUGCUAGCUUGAUCAAAAUUUAUGGCAAAUACACCGGGGGCAGGCUUCCCGACCUGGCCGGCUUCGACCAAAAGGAGCUCGAGCAAGUUCUUGGGGCCGGCCGCCGCCAUCCUGCUGUCAACUCUAGGUCGCCCAUUACCGAGACGGCCCCUAGUCACCAAAGCAUAUCGUCGGGGGCAUCGGCGGCUCCUUCGCCGUCUACAAUACUCCCCCCAUCCAACUCUAGCACUCCCGAGCCGACGCGGUUUCAGAAGCCGCCUCCAGCCGUUCGGCCUCCCCUCAACGGUGGCGGCUCUCCUGCCGCGAGCUCCGAUUCCAUUGCCUCGAGAGAACGACCCCCGGCGCCACGGUGGACAGCGCAGAACAACAAGAGCCAGGACUCGGUGGCCAACUCCUUCGCCACAAGGAGCGACGAUGCAAGCCUUCCGCCUCGCUCCCGCAACGGGAUUGGCGGCCCUGGCGCAUAUGGGAGAUUUGGCGACUCGAGGGAGCCUCCAGAACUGCCUCAAGAUGGCUCCGCCCCGCACCUAGAAGAUAGACCCCCUCCGGAGAGGCGACGACCGCCUAUGGAUCCGUCUCGCCCCCAGGAUCGGGAUCUUGUACCACCGCCCCUCAUGAGUCCCAACGCCAGAAGAGAGCCCGUUCCCCCGCCUCCGAGAAGCACAGACCGAGUGUCUUCGAGGAAGAAUGCGGGUCCAGGAGCCGCAGCCUUAACCGGUGGCCUCAAGGGUCGCGACGCCCCGGCGCCCUUGGAAACGAGUAUGAUAGCUGAACCUCCUCUGCCGGACCAGGCCCGCGCAGGAAAGGGCGCCGCGGAUACUUCGAUGCCCACUACGCCCGCCGCCGAUACUCCGCCUCCUGCAGAGACGUCUCCCGGGCAAGAACGCGCGGAGGAAGAAAUGCGACCCGGCUUGGGUCCCAUGAUCAAGGCCAAACGUUCCAAAGGAGACCUCGCCGGUGCGCUCUGGAAAGCCGCUUCUGCGGCAGCCGCCUUUCGUCCGCGCCCUGGCGGUGCGGGCGAUCGCCUACGACAGCCUCAGGGCAAGGGGGGCGUCGGCCCCGACGGCAUCACGGGCGUCGUCCCGGCGCCGCCUCGACCGGCUUCACGAGACCAGGGGUCUGCGACUCCAGAUGUCGGAAAGCCAGAUGACGACGACUCCCACGUUCCCGAAGUCAAAGUCACGGCAUCGGAGUCCGGCCUGCCGGCAACUGCCGAUCCAUCGUUCAAAGAGGACAAGAAGAAAAAAGAAGAGCCUGGGAAGGAGGAGCCUCGACGAUCAGUGGUCGCUGGCAACGACGUCAAGAGCGAAGAAUUUGGAAAGUGGCUAGACUACUUUGGCUGGGUCCCCGGGCAGCAGAUGCGCUCUCAGAGCAUGGACGAUGUCAGGGCGGAUAUUGAGCGAGAGCUCAACAAGGCGCAGGCCGGGGGCUGGCUUGCCCGCUUCCAAGACGAGGACGAGAGGGUGGAUGCCAUCAAGCGAGGCAUUGAUCUGGCGAUUUCAGAGUGUGAGGAGAUGGACAACCUACUCACCCUCUACGCGGUUGAGCUCUCGACGCUCUCGGAUGACAUUGCAUACAUCGAGGCCCAAGGCCAAGGCCUCCAGGUGCAGACGGCCAACCAGAAGCUACUCAAGAAGGAGCUUGAGUCUCUUUUGGAAACUUGUGCCAUCACCUCCAACGAUCUCGAGGCGUUACGAGUGGCCCCUCUGGAAAACAUGCGUGGGCUGGAAGACGUUGAAUUUGCCCUCGUGACCCUCUUCAAAGCCAUGAUCAAAAUUGAUCCAACGCUUGGUGGCCACGAAGCCGCACCGACGGCGGAUGCCACCAUGGAUUCGGAGCGGGUUCUCGGACUCAACAGCGACUAUGGCAACAUGAGAAUCGUUCAGGAGAAAAAGGAGAUGUACCUGCAAGAGAGCGCCUACUUCAUGCGACGGCUCAUCGAGUUCAUGGCCAGGCAGUUUGACGAGGCUUUCGCCGAGACAAGGCGUUCCCUGGAAGGAGCCCUGUCGAAAAAGGGCGACUCGUCCAACUACGAUGCCGGGAGGGAUAUUCUGUGGAAAUACAGCCCCUUGAUGCUAUACGCUCGAGAUGUCGACUUGGACAACUGGAACCGACUCCUCCAGAUCUACCAAGACAAGGGCAGCCCGCUCUACAAGAGUCAGGUCCAAAACGUCGUGGCUGUCCUGCGCAGGAAUGCCCGGAAACCGACGGGCGAAGAAGCGGAUCUGCUCUUCUCGUCGCAGAGGAGCCAGACGCUCGCCAGGGCCCUGCGCUCGCCGCUGGCGGAUGGUGGUAGCCGGACGAACGUGGACAAGGCAGGCUCCGAUGGUGGGUGCCACUCGUACGAAGUCUUUUGCAGCGUCUUGGACGAUGUCUUGCCGCUGGUCGAGAUGGAGCAAAACUUCGUCAUCGACUUCUUCCAUGCCACGACGCUGGAGCAAGUAGACUUCCCCGACGCUGUUGCCGCGCGCUCUCCUCGCGAUCGCCGCGGCGGAGAUCUGAGGCGACACCGUCUGAUGGAACCCGACCGGGACUUGGCUCGGCGCGUGACACGCUCCAUGGAGGUUAUAUUCGUCUUCCUCGAAUCGGAGCUGCAGAGGAUGAUGGAAUGGGUUAUUGGGCAAGACCCUUUGCAAGGGAUUGGCGUGCUCGCUGUUUUGGAAAAGAAGUUGUCGGAGAUGGGUCAGUCAAACCAAGACUACGUGAACACGCUCCUGCAGAAGCUGCACGGCCUGCUCGAAGGACGAUUCCGAAAGUUUGUCGACGAACAGAUCCGAGCAAUCGAGGAGACCAAGGUCAAGGUCAACAAGCGCAGAGGCGUCAUCUCCUUUAUUCGCGUCUUCCCCGCAUUCGCGGCUGCCAUCGAGAGCAUGCUCGUCGGCAUGGAUGCGAACCUGGGGUUGCGGCGCACCGUGGAUCGCGAGUACGACCGUAUACUGAAGUCCAUGUUUGACUCGCUGAUGGUGAUUGCCCGGGAACAUCCGGCAGUAGGCGUUACGAGUGGAGCCGCGGAUCCGGAAGACAAGGAGGCGCUCAACUUUCACAUUCUACUCAUCGAGAACAUGAACCACUUCCUCGAGGAAACGGACACGCGCGGGCUUGAGUUGCUGGAGGAGUGGAAGGAGCAAGCCAACACGGAGUACCACGAGCACAUGGGCCUGUACAUCAACGCGGUGAUGCGCAGGCCCUUGGGCAAGCUCCUGGACCAGCUAGAGAACAUUGAGGCGCAGCUACAGACGGGCAAGUCGGCCGAGGCGAUAGCGCGGCAGCCUUCGAACAGCAAGGCCAUUUUCAACAAGGUACUGAGCUAUUACGACUCGAAGGAGGUCCGCAAGGGCAUCGAGGCGCUGCGCAAGCGCGUGGAGAAGCACUUUGGCGACGCCGACGACCCCGCGCUGAGCCGCGGCCUGGUGCUCAAGGUGACGAGGGAAUGCGAGCUCUUCUACCACGAGGUGGAAAGCAGGAUCGGGCGCGUGACGACGGAUGUCUACGGAGGCGAGGUGCCGUUUGAAUGGCCCAGGGCAGAUGUCAAGGCGGCCUUUCGGUGA